AUCAGCUUUGCGGCAAUCAUGGAGGGGCUCUCGAAUAAUAAUAGCCUCUCUACAGCUCCGCAAUCCGGCAAUAACUCUUCCGCUCCCUCAUCAAAGCGGGUCCGCGUCGUUGUUUCGCAAUCAAAACGAGGCUGCGUGACUUGCAAGGCACGUCGGGUCAAGUGCGACGAGCAAAAGCCCCUGUGUUGGCGGUGUCUUCAAUCUGGUCGAGUGUGCGGCGGUUACAGCCAUGAAGCCAAGUCAUCAUUGUCAUCAGCUUUGCAACCUGCUUUAAAAUGUGGGGUCACAAUGGACAGUCAUGCGGAAAGGUUAAGCUAUCUUGCAGCUCAUGUGUUGUCUCUAGAUAACAGAGGCUGUUCUCCGCGAGAAGAUAGUGCUUGGGGACGUAUAUUUCUCCAGCUAUCAAGUCAGGUCGAAUGUGUCAAGGCCGCCGCGGUCGCUUUCGGGGCGGCGUAUGAAUCAUCGCAGAUAAACUUGAUCGGCCAUCGGCCCUACUCCACCUGGAACUAUUAUGGCUCGGCCCUAGCAAGGCUGAGAUCUGAUUUUCACGAUAGGAGCGUCGGUGCAGAGUCCCUGGCUCUGGCAUCCAUGGUCCUAGCCUACGUGGAGAUCCUAAGCCAACACGAGCAAAAUGCGUUCACUCAUUUCCUUGGCGCCGUACAGAUCCUGACCCAGGCCGAACAGCAUCGCUGGCAAGUUUCAUCUGCCAAAAUGCUCAGUACAAUCAAAGAUGCACUAGUAAAGAUAAACCUCCUGAUUGGCAGCUACGGUUUGUCCCAAACACCGCAAUAUAUGUACCUGGACUUUCCUAGAGUACCGACUGGAGACGAUGAGUUUUGUGAACCAGAGCUUGCGAUUGACGCCGCAAUGCACUGUCUUUAUCGAUCCUAUCAGUUCAUUGAGGAGGCUUCACAUCUGCGAUACACGUAUUCAAACUGGAAAGAGCAUGAUCCCACCAUGUGUAAGGCUCAAUCUGAUGCGGCGGCCGAGUGUCGUUCUGUCCUUGAUUGCCUCGCAGCGCUCGUCACGACGCUGCAAGGCCGAUGUUCGUCCGCGACGCCGACGCCGACGCCGAGAGAUUUGGACAUGCUGGCAGAAAUUUAUGCGAUUCGGACACAGCUGACAUCGGCGUUAAUUUUCAUCUUGUGUGCUCACAGCCCGUAUGAAACAUCGUACGAUGAACAUCAUGACCAAUUUCAGAGCAUAAUAAGUGAUGCUGCCGCGUCGGCGCGGCUAAGGCGGCGGACCAAACCCAGUGCUUUCAAACGCUUCUCAACACGCCUGGGAAUUGUUAGUCCUCUCUUCAUCGUGGGCAUCAAGUGCAGAAAUCCGUCACUGCGUUCUUUGGCAACGGCAUUACUUACCGAACAGAGCCGCGAGGGUCCCGCCGAUGGGCGAAUUCUGGCAGCCAUCGGUGCUCGACUGGCCGCCCUAGAGACGUCUUCCAGUUUUACUCCUUCUCCCAGCGCUCCGCUGACUGCCUGCGACAUUAUCGAAGGACAGAGAGUGUACGGUUACUCGGUGUCUCCAAGAUUCAAUAUGGAGAGCCGCCGCGUCGUAGACGUUAUUUUCCAGCGACCCAGCCCGCCCCUCAUGCAAGGGUGGGGUCAUACUGAUUAUUCUUGCCAGGAUGGUUGGAUGUACUGGUCAGAAGCUAUCGAGAUAUAA